CAGAGUCACAGUCAGUCAGGGCUGAUCCCUCCGCCCGCUGCGCCCGAGGAGAGGAGAGGAGACACGGACAGGCUCGCGUCCGGGGUGCUGGAGACCCACCUCACCACACACAGUCUCCAAGGACAACACUAAGGCCCCAGGACUGAGGAAAUCGCAAAGCCGACACGGAGACACCAUCCGGACACGAAGCUGAAAAGGGGGACGUCUCCUCUCCAUCGCCUUUUUGCGCACGACCACCCAUUAAAAAACCCCUCUGGACCAGCGCCGCCAGCAAGCGAUGCACCUUGAUGCCAAGACAACGGUCACUCCGAUCGGUUUUUGUUUGUUUUUUUAGCGCAUCAUUCUUAAGCAGUCCUUCCAGAGUCGAUCAUAACAGUACGGACACUGUGUUGACACACACACACAUGCAUUGAACGGGUUUCUUCUUCAUGAGAAUAUAUCCUUAUGGCCUGAAACUGACAUAAACUAUUAAAUCCGUCGCAUUCACUCUGGACUGACGCCUUUUUCCUUAUCCUCGCAAGACUUGACUUUUCUGCUUUCUCCAACACUGUCAUGCGUGUCCAGACAACAGUCUGAUGCUUUCAGACAGCAGUAGAUUAUUCAGCCACUGGUGACAGUGUCUUCUUACAGGUCCUUUUGCAUAAUCUGCCGGGCCUUGCUUAAAAAACUGACUCCUUAUUUUGCAAUCCGAAGGAUUUGGAGCAAACAAUCCCCCCCUGGAAAGUUUAAGGUGGAGACCAGUGCUGGGCCAUAACACAUCCAGGAGCUUUUACAAAAGAUUGCAGGCUCCGGUCCGCAUGCCGUCAUGCUGUCCUUAGACGAGCCGCUGGACCUGAAAGUGCCGAGGGGGCGGAUCAGUGGGCGGGACAGAGGUGCCAGGUCUCCGCCCACUCUCACUCCCUUUCCCAUUCACGCCAAGGGGGCGGGGCAACUGCGAAUGGCAGACGACGGAACCGCCGUCAUCGUUCCAGCAUCUCCUGCGUCUCCACACACAGCAGGUGUCCUGCAGGACAAGUCGGAGACCCCCACACCACCCGCCGUGGACCUCAGCAUGUCCCCGUCCUCCCGAAACACCGCCUGCUCUCCGGAUCUCUCCAAUGGAAAUGGAUCAACUCACAUUUUCCCCGGGGACUCGGCUCAUAUCCGUUAUGUGGAGGGAGGGGCCACGUCUCAAGCGUUCCAGUUCUUCGUGCCCAUUGGAGGUGGAGGAGGGCUUCACCUGCCUUCAUCGAUGUUCAUUCGGCAGCCCAAGGACACGAGAGCUUCUCCAGACCUCUCCGCAGAUGAACAGCUGGCCUGUCGCUGGAGAAAGUGCCACCUAUUUUUUGACUCCUUGCAAGACCUGGUGGAUCACGUCAAUGACUUCCACGUGAAGCCUGAGAAGGAUUCUGGGUACUGUUGCCACUGGGAGGGAUGUGCACGGAAAGGACGGGGAUUCAAUGCCAGGUACAAGAUGCUGAUACACAUCCGCACUCACACCAAUGAGAAACCUCACCGCUGUCCCACCUGCAACAAGAGCUUCUCCCGACUUGAGAACCUCAAGAUUCACAACCGUUCGCACACAGGAGAGAAGCCCUACAUCUGUCCUUACGAAGGCUGCAACAAGCGCUACUCCAAUUCCAGUGACCGUUUCAAACACACGCGCACACAUUAUGUGGACAAGCCCUACUACUGCAAGAUGGUGGGCUGCUUGAAACGGUACACGGACCCCAGCUCCCUGAGGAAGCAUAUCAAGGCUCAUGGGCACUUUGUAGCCCAGGAGCAGGGAGGCCCAGGUGGGGUGGGCUCACUGAUGAAGCCGGGGCAGAUAGCAGGGGCAGGGAAAGAAUCCGAGCUGACUUACGUCAGUGGGGCCCACAUCAUCAUUCCUGGUGCUGCCGCUGCUCUCCUGGGUGGUCACGGUCUGCCGGGUCUCGGAGGCUCCCUCCCCUUGUCCCCACUCAGUCCCCGCCCCUUGGACUUGAGCACGCUGGGCUGCCCAAGCUCCCCUCCAGCUGGGCUUGGGGGGACGUCCAUCCUGUCCUUCGGUGGCUCCCCGCUUGGCCUGGCCAAGUCACCUUUGCUGUCUCCUACCUUCUCAUCUUCCACGUUGGGGUUGCCCAUGGUGCCUAUUUUGGGCUCAGAGCGCAGGGACCAUAGCAAGGGCAAGGCCAGAGGCGAGGAGGGUGAGGACGAGAUCCACGGCGGAGUUCUCAACUUGUCUACGGGGGCGUCCCACGACCCUCUGUCUUGGGUUGUCAUCCCUUCUGGUCCGGUGGUGCUGAAGCCAGCUGUGGUCAACUGAGCGCCACAUUCCAGAGGAACGGCAGGGGAAGGGUGGGGGUGGAACAGGGGUCAGAGGUCAGAGGCAAGCCUAUGGGGGGUUUUCACAAAGCAAAUGCAGUUCUGCUUGGAGGUGACACCAUAUUCAACUUUUAACGCUACUUCAGUUCUCAUUUUUACCUUCUGGUUGGACACAGCUACCUGUUUCUUGUGGUAAUAGGGAUGGUAUCUUAAAGUGAAAUUAGUGUAACAAUUCAGAAAGGGGCCAAACAUUCACCUCCAUUCCAUUCUUUAUCUUUCUUGCUUAUCUUAUUAUCAGGGUUGUCCAGUCAUGCUUCUGGAAGGACACCUUCUUGGAGAGUUAGGCACUUAACACACCUGCUUGGAAGUUUUAAGUAGUCCUGAUGCGCUUGAUUAACUGAUUCAGAUGUGUUUAAUUAGGUUUGGGGCUAAACAAGUGGUAGGCAAUUCUGGUCCUUGAGGUCCACUGUCCUGCAGAGUGUAGUUACAACCCUAAUCAAACAUGCAAACUAAACUAAUUGAGGUCUUCAGGAUUACUAGGAAAUUAUAUGUAGGCUAAACUCUAAAUUAUUGGAGCUAAACUCUGCAGGACAGUGGAAUUUAAGGGUUGCCCAUCCCUGGUCUAAACUUUGCUGGAAACUGGCCCUCCAGAAGCAGCUUCGGACGGCAAGUCUUACACACUUCUUUUUCUGUUUUAUGAGAGCACUGAUCUAAACGGCAGACUUCGGAAUCUGUGCCCUUGCUUCAAGAGACAGUUGUAUUUAUGCGUAAGCAAAACUUUUGGACGACAGUGUACGCAACACACUAAAGACACAGAUGUAUGCUAUUAUUCUUCAGGAACUGACCUUCAAGCCAUUCCGUGCGUUAUGAAAAGACCUCCGAGCGUAGCGAGCUAGAGAUCUUUAAGGCUAGAUCGCAUGGGCUUGGUCUGGUUUGCAUAGGGGUGCUGAGGUCAUAGGUCAGCUGAGAGCAGUCUUGCCAUCAAUCAGCAUCUGCUGUACCCUUUAGACUAGUAGUGUCCAAUUCUGGCCAUGGAAUGCCACUUUCCUGUGGAGUAAGUUCCUGCACACCUGGCUCUAGUUUCUAGUGAUCCUGAAGACCUUGAGUAACUGGUGUAGGUGUGUUUACUUAGGGCAGGAGUAGGCAAGUUCAGUCCUAGAGGGCCACUGUCCAGUUUCACUCCAGCCCUUACCUGCUUAUAGCCUUAAUCAGGGGUGCCCAAGCUCAGUCCUGGAGGGCCGGUGUCUUGCAGAGUUUAGCUCCAAUUUGCCUCAACACAUCUGCUGGGAAGUUUCUAGUAUGCCUAGUAAGAGGUUGAUUAGCUGGUUCAGGUGUGUCUAAGUGGGGUUGGAGCUAAACUCUGCAGGACACUGGCCCUCCAGGACCGAGUUUGGGCACCCCCGGCCUUAGUAAUCCUGAAGACAUUGAUUAGCUUGUUCAGGUGGGUUUGAUUAGCGAUGGAGCUAAGCUCUGCAGGACAGUAGCUCUCUAGGAUCGAACUUGCCUACCCCUGAUUUAGGGCUAGAGCUAAACUCUCCCAGACAGUGGGAGCAGGAGUGGAAUGGACACCCCUGCUUCAGACUGUCCAGAGUCCCACCGCCGGUUAGCGGGCUCCUUCUGCAUCCCUUGCAAGUGAACUAAAUGCUAUUGCAAGCUAUAUGACAAACCUUGCAUUUGCUGCUAGCUGUGUCACUGCAAUGUAAGCAUAGAUUUUUGAAUAAGUAUGAACGACAAUCUGUCCUCUGAGGAGGAGGAAAUAGAAACCUUGAGUAGCUCUAUUUUGUUGAAUAAGAGAUUUACAGACACAAGGCUCAGACUGACUGAGUUUUAAGUCAUACAAGGGCACAAACUCACCAAGCGGUCAUGCUAACGCCCCAUAGGACAUGGCACCGUUGUAAACAGUGCCAUCUUCUGGUCAUCAUUUGUACUGCACACUACUAGCUGAACCAAGGGCCAGAUUUAACAGUAUUGUCCUGCUUUGCAGCAUACUAGCACGGCAGGGUAGAACAAAGAACUUUUGGCUGAUGCAGAAUAGUGGAAUGUUUAAAAAAAUCGUUAUCCACAACCUAGUGAACAUGCUGACACAUGCAGUGCACCAGUUUGGGUGCACUGCAACGAUUAAGGGCCUAGUUUGGUUAAAAUAACUUUGCUUUCACAGUUUGCCCCAUAUUAAAUCACUCAAAUCAUAUACCCAGAGAUUAAAGUAGGGACUUGAUGAUAAAAUGCAGAAAGCGCUAUUCAGGUGGCCAAAAGAUAGCAUUUUGAUUUAAGACCCUUUCACAUGACCCACAUCAACAUUCUCCAAUGCAUCAAACUGUUGAAGUUUCAGCAUUACUCCUGACGUCACCUGACACAAAUGGAGUUGUAGGCGAUGCUCCAAGUACUAAAAAUUUCAAAUUUGACCCUAUUUGCCAUGAGUUUCCCCAGUUGCAUGAUGUGCCAUUAUGUGAUACAUGAAAAUCACUGCUAUAUUUCAUGCACAAAACAACCUUUAAGGCACAUAAUCAUAUUCUAACUUUUAUGAUGUUAUCUGAAACGCCAAAGUGGUGUAUGAUUCUUGUGUUGAAAGGUGCACUGAGAUCCUGAAGUGGGUCAUGUGAGAGAGACUUGACACAGUCUUUGUUAUCCUCCAUUGAUGAUCGACCUAUCACAAUCAAGACCUCAUUCAGAUUAAAAUAACAUUUUUGAUUAAGUCUUCUCUCCUGAACUCAGGCGCGCAACAGUCUCUGUCUUCUCAGGAGAAGUACUUCUGUAACGGAGAUGACAUACUUAGAGCAUCUCUCUUAGUAAUGUCCAUUACUUAAAGAUUGGGAGAAAUAUUUUUUAGAGAACAAACGAAUGUAAUGUAAAAACAUUCCGACUAAAACAGUCGCACUUCCUUAAAGCAUGUACCCUGCCCUCCCCUCCAAACCAUUUUUACACUCAGAGUCUUAUUCCAUAAUUAUUUUUGUUUUAUUGUUUGUGGAAACUAUACAGUUAAUGCUAUUUUGUUUUACUGACUUUUUUGGUUUUGUUUUGUUUAUGGACGUGACAUUUCCUGAUGUUGAAGUUGCUUCGUUUCUGCUAUCGCUAUUUUGUGUUCGGCUUUCUCCAGCUAGUGAACCACGAGGAAAGAGAGAGAAAUGACAGGAUAUCGUGACCGAUAAGGGUUUGAAUAAGAAACCCUAACAUUUAGCCCAUAAUGAUGUUUGAAGUUUACAUACAUCUGUCCUGCAUAAUGGACAUUCAACCAAUGUCCACAAUGGAUGUCCAACUGAACCUAAAAUCUGAGAAUUACUGGGUGAAAUUGAAAAAAAAAAAUGCACAGCAAGUGCUUCCUUCAUUCGCUCUAGCAUCACUGCUAGAAAAAAUGCCACCACUGUCCAUGUCUUGACUGUGCGCCAAGUUUCAAAAGUAGGCCGCCAACCCUUACACGGCCCCAGAUUAUUUUUAUUUAUUCAGUUAGUGCCAAGAAUAGGCUAACCUUGUCCUUCUACAAAACAUGCAGUAAUCAAACACAAUCCUCUCAGAUUUGGAGAGCUUUGACAUCAGCAUGUAUUUAGGAGACUUUACCGGAAAUGACGUUUAUUAACCCUUGCAUCUUUCCGACAAAUCUGAAAUCUUUGUCCACCUUCUCCUACUUGCUUUCCUCAUGUCGUUGGCUGGAGAAAGCUGAUUCUGACACAGACCUGUCAAGGUCUACAUCAAUGUUCAAUAUCAGAUAAGCUGUUUGAACCUUUAACCCUUUGAGCACUCUGAAAACGGCCGCACUGUUUCACACAGGAGACUCCAAAGGCCUUAACAAAAUGAUGGUGCAUUCCCAAUGACUCCAAAUUUGCUGCAACUGUAUGUGAGAGACUGAAGCAAUAAAUUGAAUGGCAGGGACGAUGUCAUAGCUAGAUAUUUAAAAUUAGAAAAUUUCGCUGCAGUAAAACUCCAAUGAUGUCAGAAACUAUAAACGGUACAUAAAUUAAGCACCACUUUAGAAUAAAAAAAAAAAGUAAA